AUGGAGAAACGAAAGAGAGAAUCACCUGAGAGAAGCUUUGGUGAAUCAGAGUCAGUGUCUUCACAAUCUGAUAUUCAACCUGAGAGUACAAUGGAGUCUCAUGUUGAUGAUGAAGUACAAUCACCAAAGGUUUCUUUGGAAGUAGAAACCGAAACCGAAACGGAAAACGAAGAUUUGAAAGAUAGCAUCAAGAAUUUAACUGAGAAACUUUCAGCUGCUCUUGCUAACGUGAGUGCUAAAGAUGAUUUGGUGAAGCAACAUGUCAAAGUCGCGGAAGAAGCUGUCGCUGGUUGGGAGAAAGCUGAGAAUGAAGUGGUUGAGUUAAAGGAGAAGCUCGAGGCUGCUGAUGAUAAGAAUAAAGUGUUGGAAGAUAGAGUAAGCCAUCUCGAUGGAGCUCUAAAGGAAUGUGUUAGACAGUUAAGGCAAGCGAGAGACGAACAAGAACAGAGAAUUCAAGACGCUGUGACCGAGAGAACACAGGAGUUUCAAUCUUCUAAAACCAGCCUCGAGAACCAGAUUCUUGAAGCUGCAAGAAAAUCCGAGGAGCUUAGCCAAAUGGCUGAAUCUGUGGCGAAGGAAAACGUGAUGCUUAGACACGAGCUUCUUGCGCGAUGCGAGGAGCUAGAGAUCAGAAUGAUUGAGAGAGAUUUGAGCACUCAAGCGGCGGAAACCGCUAGCAAGCAGCAGUUAGAUAGCAUUAAGAAAGUGGCGAAACUCGAGGCUGAGUGUAGGAAGCUUAGGAUGUUGGCUAAAUCUUCAUCUUCGUUUAAUGAUCAUCGGUCCACGGAUAGUCAUUCGGAUGGAGGAGAAAGAAUGGAUUCUGAGUCAUGGUCAUCAUCAACAUUGAUUGAAAAGAGAAGUCUUCAGGGAACUUCUGCUUCCAUUGAAAUUGAUCUCAUGGGUGAUUUUCUUGAGAUGGAACGUCUUGUAGCCUUGCCCGAGACACCAGAUGGGAACGGUAAAAGUGGACCUGAAUCUGUAACAGAAGAGGCUGUUGUUCACGCAGAGAGCUCGUUGGCUGCUGAAAUAGAAGUAUUGACUUGCCGGACUAAGCAACUUGAAGAGGAUUUGGAGAAGUUACAAGCGGAGAAAGAUAAGCUUGAAGGUGAAGUUAAAUGUAACAGAGAAGUAGAGAGCACGUUGAGAUUUGAGCUCGAAGCGGUUGUUUGUGAUAAAAUGGAGCUGGAGAAUAAGUUGGAGAAGAUGGAGGUUGAGAAAGCUGAGCUGCAGAUAUCUUUUGACAUAAUCAAAGAUAAAUACAAAGAAUCUCAAGAUUGUAUUCAAGAAAUUGAGAUGAAGUCGGAAGAGAUCCAAAAGGAGAUGAAACUAGCUAAUGAACGAAAAGCACAAGUUGAAUCUCAAAUCAUCGCAAUGGAAGCAGAGGCAAAGACUAAGUCCGCAAAGAUCGAAUCUUUGGAAGAAGACGUAAAAAAGGAGAAGUUUGCUUCCGAUGAGCUUAGGAGAAAAUGCGAGGCUCUUGAAGAAGAAGUCUCUCUCCAUCAAGAAAACGCCAUAAAGAGAGAAAACACAGAACCUAAGAUCAAACAGGAAGACAUAGAAACAGCUGCAGGGAAACUCGCGAACUGUCAGAAGACAAUAGCUUCUUUGGGGAAACAGCUGCAAUCUCUUGCAACACUUGAAGAUUUCUUGACCGAUACAGCGAGCAUUCCAGUGGCUACAAAUGGUGUAAGCAGCAGCAAGAGUAGUAGCUCAGAGAGUUGGAAGAUUUUGAAUCCUUAUUAG